AUGUUUGUGCGAACUUCCCGCAGCUCGUGCAAUGCAUGGACCAACGCUACAUUCUCAAAGCAGGUUUGCUCUGCGAGAACGCAUGAGUUGCUGAUCCGUUCUUUCGCAACCACGGCAUCCCAGUCAAAACGUCAAGAAGCCGAAGCGGAAGAGAAGCGCCAAGUGAGCCCCAGAUCGGGGCCUUCUUCACCCAGAAGCUCAUACCCCUCGUCUGCGGAAGCGAGACAAAAGAGGGACAGUGACAGAGAGUUCCUUAUUUCCGUUCUCGAGUCGUCGGCUACCAAGCGCGAUGCUCGAGGUUAUCUUCAAACUUUCGGCUCUCCCGCAGCCCUAACCAGCACUGGGCAGAAGAAACCAUCCGCCAUCGGUAUCUUGGGCGUCCCAGCCUCUGUGGCCGGCAGGCCUGCCUUUGUGCAAGGACCAGAAAAGGAAACUCCGGUCAAGACAAACGAAGCACCACAUGUGGCCGUUGUGAAGCUGAGGGCACCACAGGCGUGGGAUGACGUCCUCCUUGAUGGUGUCGCGAAGACCCUCACCAGGCUGAGAGAUCUUGGUCUCCUCAGUGUGAUUGUCCUUGGUUGCGACGACAUCAAACCCAACCAAACUUUUAGCUGGCAAGAAAUUGUCACAGAACAGACGGAUAGACUCUUGCGAGCAAUCGGUCAGUUUGGGUCCCCGGCCGCCGAAGUUGUUGACUCGGGGAUAUGGAAAUCAACCGAAAAUCCUCAGAUUACAUCCUUCGUUCCCUCCAACCCUCUUUACGUGGGGUUCGGAAAGGCGUUUACUACACCACUUGCUAAAGGGCACAUAUUGGUCGUCCCCCCGCGAGCAUACUCCGAUGCGACUCUUCAAUACUCUAAAGCUGAUGCCAAUGAUAUUGUCAUUGCCCUAACGACCUUCUUUGCGGGACUGCAGUUUGGUCGACAAUAUUCGGACUACCGGGAGCUGGCGGAGAAGGUCAACGACCGUCAGCCUUUCCGAAGGGCUUUGGUCGAUCGUGUUAUCGUUAUCGAUCCAUUGGGCGGCAUCCCAUCCCACAGACAAGGACACGGUACACAAGUUUUCAUCAACCUGGAAGACGAGUUCAAAAACAUCCGUGACGCUCUCUACGAGAAGACUCAACCUACUUCGGCAGGUACGAAAGACGCUGGUGUUGGUGCCAGGGCUUCCGUACAUCUGGAAAACCUGCGGCUUGCCAAAUCUACGUUGGCCAUACUUCCAUCAAACGCAUCCGUGGUGAUGACCAGUCCUGCGGAGGCUGCAAAUAUCAACGUAUCAAAGCGGGACGACACUGAAGCCAAGCCUGGUGGGUUCGCGGGUGAAGUUAAGACUAGAACCUGGCGCAAUCCUUUGAUUCAUAACCUACUUACCGACCGACCCAUCUACUCAUCGUCGCUUCCUAUCGGCCGAAUCAAACCCACGCACCCAGAUGAGGAGAUCGCUCUCUCACGAAUGCCCACAACUACCCUAGCCAAGAGAGGACUGCCAGUCACCAUCUUUCCUGAUCCACGAGCAAGUCCUUGGAAGCCACCACAACCUGGCGUUCCCAGACUCAGGCUAACGGAUACGUGUAUCGAUCUGCCUAGGCUCGUACACCUGAUCAACGACUCCUUUGGAAGAAAACUUGACGUUGAACAUUACCUCAAUAGAGUCAAGGACAGUCUCGCAGGCAUUAUUAUUGCCGGCGAGUACGAAGGAGGCGCAAUCCUCACAUGGGAGACGCCAUUUGGUCUUGAUGAAGAGACGGCCUACCGAGAGGGCCGACUAGUGCCGUAUCUGGACAAAUUUGCAGUGCUACGCAAGAGUCAAGGAGCCGGUGGCGUGGCAGAUAUCGUGUUCAACGCAAUGGUUCGAGAUGCUUUUCCGGAAGGCGUCUGCUGGAGGAGCAGGAAAGACAACCCGGUCAAUAAGUGGUACUUUGAGCGGUCUCGAGGUGUGCUGAAGUUGCCACAGAGCAACUGGGCCAUGUUCUGGACGACUCCGGAGGCGGUUUUGAACGACCAGAUGAUGAGAGACUAUGAAGAUGUGUGCAGAAAUAUUCUACCUUCUUGGCAAGAUACCACGAAGCCAGCGGACUGA